AUGUCGUCUAACACUGGAAAUCAAUCUCAGAGUAAUAACCAUUCUCUUCAAAGUGAAGUUAAAGAUGUAUAUGAUCCUCAUAUAAGCUAUCUUGUUGCAGCUGCAGGCGACCCAAAUGCCUCUUUUUCUCAAGCACGGCAGCAACAGCAACAACAACAACAGCAACAACAGCAACAGCAACAGCAACAGCAACAACAACAAACACAGAGCCAUGCCAGCCUUCAUGCUAACCCAUACGCAUCAUAUUCUGCUGAGCUUCAACACCGCGCUGAAUUGCAAAGGAGACAACACCAAUUACAGCAACAGGAGUUGCAACAUCAGCAAUUGCAGAAAUACCAACAACAACAGAGAGAGUUGGCUCAAGCUCAAGCUCAGGUUCAACAAGCCCAAGCCCAGGCUCAAGCACGUGCGCAAGCGCAAGCGCAAGCACAAGCCCAAGCUCAGAUGCAAGCUCAUUUGAGACAGGCUCAAGCUCAAUUGGAAGCUCAAACAAGGGAGAGGAAUCAAAAACAAGUACAUGCACAAUACCAGGCACAGAUAGAAGCCGAGGCCCGUGCUCAAGGUAAUGCAAACUCUAUUGCCCAAAAUUUAACUCAGCAACUUCAAAGAGGCUUAGAAUCGACGAUUCUGCCAUCUCACGGUGUAGCUCAUAUUCAACAACAGCAACAACAUCAUCAUCAAUCAGCACAGCCACAGUUACAGCAACAAGUACAACAGCUACAACAACACCAUCACAACCAACAUACAAUACAAGCUGAUUACAAUGAUAGUUUUACAAACCCGAGUGAGGAUUUGCGAUCAAGGUAUGGGGAGAAUGAGAUAAUCAAAACUUUCACCAGUAAGGCUGAAUUAGUUAGAUACGUCAAGUAUAUAUUUGGUCCCAAUGAAAAUUGUCGAAUCGUGAUUAACUCAUCGAAACCGAAAGCGGUAUACUUCCAGUGUGAAAGGUCCGGGUCAUUCAGAACUACUGUCAAGAAUCCACAACAGAGACAGAGAAUCGCGUAUACAAAGAGAAACAAAUGCGCCUUUAGAAUGGUGGCCAAUUUAUAUCCAUCGGAGAAGGAUCAGAAAAAUGGCGUGCAGCAAGAUAACACAGAAGGUGGUUUAAAUGAUGACAGCGGCGUUGAAAAGAGUGAUUCUGGAGAGAUGUGGAUUUUACGAAUGAUAAACCCUCAACAUAACCAUCCACCCGAUCCGACGAAUAAGAAAAAGAGGCAAAAGACGUCAAGAACGUUGGUUGAGAAACCAAUUAAUAAACCGAAACCUGCAAGCAGAGUUGUGGAUAUAUCCCCGACAUCGCAGAGUAAUCAAUUGAACCAUCAUUUACAAAGUGAGCAACAGCUCCAGCAACAGCUUUCGCAGCAUAUUCCUCUUCAAACAAUGCAAUUUCAACAACCGCAACUGCUGCAUAUUGAUUCCGUCCUUGCAAAUCUUCCUGCGACGCCUAACUAUAAUGACUUGAUUGGCCAUUUGAGCAGUUUGCAAAAUCUGCUGAACCACUUGAACCAUCAGCACCCACAAGCUUCGCAACCUCAUAUAUCAACUCAACUGCAAACGCGUCAGCAAACACAGCAACAGGAAAAACAAGGACAACAAAACCAAAGAGCACUUCUUCAAGCACAGCAACCACAGUUAGAUAAAAAGAGCAAUAACAAUAAUAAUAGUAAUUAUAACAAUAAUAACAAUAAUAAUAAUGAUAAUAAGAAUAACAUUAAUAACAAUAAUCACAAUAAUGAGAAUAUUAUCAAAAAUAAUAGCAAUAAUAAUACCACCCUUGGCAACACCGACAAUACUCUGCUGAUGUUGCAGCAUGAAGCAUCAAUGUAUACAGCUUUGGAUGAUGAUAAUCGAGCAAUGACAUCAGUAAUUGGUGAUGGAGGAAGAGCAAUACCCACAGCCACUAACAAUAUUGCAGGCGUUGAUGCCGUUGAUGCCGUUGAUGCCACUGAUGCCACUGCUGUUGCUGAUGCCAAUGCUGUUGCUGCUAAUGCUGCUACCCCUGAAUCUGUUGGCGCCGCUACUGCUGCUCAAGUAGUCACUGGGAUUACCGGAGCAGCAAAUGCGUCUCAUUCUACUACGGCCACUGCAUCGCCAGCAUUGAAUCAAAGUACUACAGGAUUCGAAGCUACGCUUGAUCCCAAUGUCGACCCCAAUGUACAAUCACAUGAUCAUUCUAGUAAUUUGAGAAGAAAUGUUUUGUUUUAG